CCACAUUUUUUUCAAAAAAAUGAUUCGAAAUAAUUUUGUAAAAUCGAUCAAACAAAUUAUUAAAAAUUUUCAUUCAACAAAAAUCACCACCAACAACUUUAAUAAUAAUGAUAAUAAACGUCUUGAAUUGACAUUGGCAAUCAUCAAACCACAUAUCUGUAAUGAUCCAAGUUGUUUACAAGAAAUACGAUCAAUAAUUGUAAAAAAUAAAUUUUUAUUAAUAAAAUCUGCUCAGAUUCAUUUGACUCGUGUUCAAGCAGAAUUAUUCUAUGAAGAACAUAGAGGAAAAUUUUUUUACGAACGUCUUGUUACUUUAAUGACUAGCGGUGAAUUAUCUGUACAUAUUUUAGCUAAAAUAAAUGCAAUACAAGAAUGGCGUAAACUUAUGGGUCCAACAAAAGUUUUUAAAACUCGUUUAGAACAACCGAAUACGAUUCGUGGUAUUUUCGGUUUAACCGAUACUAGAAAUGCAACACAUGGUUCUGAUUCCACGGAAACUGCUCAUCGUGAAAUUGAAUUAUUUUUUCCAAAAUUUUCCAUACAAAAUUGGUUUGAAUAUGAAGAAUUUGAAUGGCGAACAAAAAAUGAUUUUAUUUUAGAUAAAAAACAAUGGAUACAUCGAAUGAAAAAUGAAAAAUGUUAGCUGUGAUAUAUCAA